AUGCAGGCGGGUUCGUCUCUCAGCCGCCGCGUUCGCGUGGGGGGAGUCGAGCCUGAGGACGCGGUGUUGCGGGCGGAGCUGUUCCGUACGUUUGCAGGCUACGGCGUCAUUGAGGAGGCGCGUUUUGAGGAGGAUCACGCCUUCCACAGCGGGGAGGUCAUCGUUCAGUUCCAGCGCCUCUCCGCAUCGGAAAAGCUGCAAAACGACGUGGAGGCCAUGGGUCGGCGGUGGGGCAUAACUUUCCUCCCCCCCGUCGUUCACGUCGGGACGGAGCUGCUUGUGACCUCCCCGAAGACCAUUGACACGGCGUACCUGCGCUCACUCGUUGCGGAAGGCAUCGUGGGCGUCACCAUCGAGGAGAAGCUUCUGUCGUUUCCAGGAGCCACACGCAGUGAUAUGGCGGCUGCUGUGGAAAGUGCGGCAGAUGUUGGAAGCAAAGACGUUAAAACCAGAGAGGCCUUUACGAAGGCACUGGCGUGUGUCAGGGCCCACGCCGUUGGUAGAUUUGCCGUGAUGAUGAGCUUUGCCACCGUUCACGACGCCAACGAAUUUCUCAGCGUCCAUCAGCUCUCGAUUGCGACAACCAAAGACCUCUACGUGGUGCAUGUGGGGCCCAAUGCGGCGCUUCAGCGUGCUUUAAAACAAGUUUUACUCACACGGCGGUUGGUGAAGGAGGUGGCACAAGGAAGUGUGUUACGUGGGUUUGUUCUUCCACAGCGACAGGGUGGCAGCGGCAGAAGCGGCGGUGGUGGCAGUAGCCGCAUGGUUUCUUGCGAGGUCGACGCCGGGCUGACACGGAAAGGACGACCGGUUCUGCUGCGCACACAGACAAACUUUGUCAAGGUGAACCCCUGGGAUCUUGUCGAGGUGCGGCUGACAUCUGCCGAUAGUGGGGCCGACGAGAAGCUUCUCGAGGCGGAGCUGCGCAGUGUUGUAAACACGGAGUUGGGCAUUGUUGAGGCUCAACGGCCCACCGCCCUUCUUCAGCAAUUGCGACAACUCGGUGGCCUCUCCUCUUCUUCGAUUUCCACCGCCGCGGCUUCCAGGAAGGUCCUUGCUGGAAAACUCUAUCAGGCGUUGCAAGCACGAAAGGCGGAGACGGAAGAUGCGGGGGAACAGCUGCACGGUUUUCCACAGGGACUUCACGCUUUUUCAGUGGUGUCGGUGUGCAUUCAACGUGUCGGCAACGACGGAUUGUACGCGCGGACCAUACCGCUGCCACACACACCCUCGACUACGUCAUCUCGUGGGUGGCCGGUGUUUAUACCCUCACUAUUUGUCCCCCGUGAGGCUGGUAUGAGCUGGCAAGAUUUUGCCGUCCCCGGGGAGCGUAUGACAGUGACGCUCUUGUAUGCCACAGCCGUUGGUGCUAGCGAGGCGGCGCUGCGACUUGUCGCCACAAAGCGUGAAGCGGAUAUGCGGCGUGCAUCUGCCUUUGCUACCAGAGUGUUUGCUCCUGAUGCUGUGGAUGGAGCAGGUAGCGUCAAUACCACGAAGCCUCUAACAGUGGGCACUUCAUUUAGCGCGAGUCGGGCCGUUUGGCUCCCCCGUACACCCAGCACAGACAAUCCCGUAUACAUUCUUCUGCCGUCAUCAUCGUCGCCUGCGGCGCUGUUCACGGUCACUGUUCUCACGCACGCCACAGAGACCGUGGCUGAUCAACCACCCGAGACGAUGACAAUGGAUGCAGGGCUGCAUCCCUUUGUAAUCUCUGAUGUUGUAGAUAGCGACCGUCGUGGUCACUACGCGGUGGCGAUGGAAGAGGAAGCGUAUCGCCAAAUGGAGGCGGAGCGGCGUGCGGUAGAGCUCCAAAAGGAAUCCGAGCAGGAUGCGUUGCUGCAGCGCAUCCUGACGGAGGUGUUGUCGAACGGGACCUCCGCACCAGCAGGAGGCGGGGAGGAGUCUCUGCAAGGUCGUAAACGCCUGCGUUCUCCAGGGAGGGGGUAA